AUGCCAAUCGUCAAAGUGACCGAAAAGGAACAAUUAAAAUUACUUAGAGUUUUAGAUAGUAAAAAGCCUAUACAUUGCGCCCAUAGAAAUUGGGAACUGUGUGAAUAUCCGUUUGUACCACAAAACAAAUCGUUUUCGUGGACCGUUAAAACAUGUAAUAAUUUUCAAAAACCUCGUUAUGUUAUAGUAGGGUUUCAAACAGACCGUAAAAAUAGUGAAAGUAAAUCAAUGUCUGAAUUCGAUCACUGUAAUUUAACAAAUCUUAAAGUCCAUUUAAAUUCAGAAGUUUACCCGUACAUCGAUUUAAGAUGUAAUUUUGACUGUAAGCUAUUUAGUAUUUUAUUUUCCUACUAUGUUAAUUUUCAAAAGAGUUAUUAUGAUAGACCUUGGUGUUCGCCUUUAGUAAAUAAAAAACAAUUUCUUAAUUUAAUACCUAUUGCCGUAAUCGACAUGUCAAAGCAGAACGAUACAAUUACAGUCUCGUCUUUUGACCUACGUAUUGAAAUUGAAGCAUCAGCCGCGUUCCCUGGUAAUACAACUGCAUAUGCUCUAGUAAUUUCAGACAAUGUAUUUACAUAUACACCUUUUGACGGAACUGUCCGUAUAUUUUAA